UUCUACAGACAGUGUUAUUUCCGACUACGGAACAAUAGAAAAGCAAGGAUGGAUUUUGGAUAUGUUUUUAUUUGUCUGCUUGGCGUUCAUUCCCUUAUCCAGAGUUCUGAUGCCCAAGUCACAGAAUGGACGGCCCCUGCAAGUAUCACAGGACCUACAGGGUCGGCUAACGCCACAGCCAUAGCAGAAAAUGUUGCACCAGGAGCAAUUCUCUUUAAUGCAACAGCAACAUCAGUAGCAGCUGUUACGUACUCCUUGACUGACAACGCUGGAGGAAAAGGGUCGAUCAAUUCUACAAAUGGUACUGUGACUCUUGCGAAGGGACAAGCUAUUGAUUAUGAAACGACUUCUUCACUGAAGUUUGUUGUUGUAGCUACAGCCAAAAACAGUGCUAAUGGAACAGCAACCAUCACUUUGCCAAUCACUGACGUUAACGAUGUACCACCAACCUUCUCGCCAGCCACGAAUACCGCUUGUAUCAACGACAACUCUGCAGCAGGUACGACACUUGGGACCUAUACUGCGACUGACCCGGAUACUGGAAAUAUUAUCACAUACACCAUUGCUUCCGGAAACACCAACAACGACUUCGCAGUCGCCGGAACAACAGGCGUUAUAACUGUAGCAACUGGCAAAACAAUUUCCAAGGCUACCACCGCCACAUACGCACUGGAAGUUAAAGCGGUCGACAAUGCCGCGACACCUUUUACGGGAUCGACAACAGUAUCGGUAACCGUUGGAGGAUGUAGCGGCACCGGAGCGUUAAUGGCACUCUUGUCGUUGAUGUCUGUAGCAAUGAUUGCUACACAACUUCUUUAG